AUGCCUGAACUCAUACUCCAGUCCGCCCGCGCGGCAACGGACAACAAAAAUCUCAUCGCCGAAGCUGCGCAGAUCCAAUCCACCUGCCGCGAUCAGCAUCCCGACACAGAGGCCCUUCUUGCGUGCCCACAAUGCUACGGAGCCGUUCUGGAAGCCUUUCGAGCGCACUUCUCCGGCCUAAUUUCAGAUGGGCAGCAGCAGCCAUGGCAGCGGAAGUGGUUCACCUCCCGAUCCCAGUUCCUUUCCGAAGUGAACGCCUUGAUCGAUUCCGCUAAAAAGUAUCAAAUACCACCAUCCGUCAUCGAUGAUCGUGUACAGGCGGAACGCAGCUGGUGGUACACUGAGCGGGUGCGUGUCUCGCUGUUGAGACUGAUGGUGGAAGACCCUGCAUCGCGUGAUGCGGUGUUGGAAAAGCUGGAGGAUCUACCGGCGGAAGCGGAUCCGGUGACCUUGGCGAGAGAGGUCGCCGAAAUCUUGACGAAGGGGCGAUUCGCCGAGGGGGAUGGAACCGCAACGGAGCUGCUGGCGGAGCUAGCGGCAGCGGAUGCCGACCCAACGAAAUCAGGCAAUGUGUUGUUGACGGACGCACUGUUCAAGACCGAGGACGGUACGGUCCCGGAAGACCACCAGAAGUAUCUUGAUAUGCUGCUACAGCAGGGGUUAUCAAUGGAACAGGUGGUGGACCGGAUCCUGGAUGAACGGCAGACGGCCAUCGGAGCACGAGAACAAACCGACAAGCUAGACCAGCGGCUCGACGAGCUCCGCAGGGCUAGGGCAGCGCACGAAGCACAAAAGACGCGCAAGGCGCAGCGGAGGGAAAGUCUCGCGCAACAGAAACUGCCCGAUGAGCUAUACGAGCUCCCAGAUUGCGCCGUAUGCGGUGAUGCCCCCCGGACCGAGGACUACUUGACCUGCAGCGUCUGCGCCAUCCUCGCAGCAGCCGGUGCCCGUGCUGGGCAAACGGUAUUCUGCUCCGAGAGGUGCGAACGACAAGGACACAUCCCCCACGCAGAGACACACACCUGCUCCUCCGGCGCAGAUUGCAUCCAACUCCAUCAACCCCCCCAUCCCCACUCCCACGACCUCCCCAACGGGAAGAACGACUCCUCCUCCUCCUCCCAACAACCCCAAGAUACCAACGGCGACAUCCCCAUGACCGACGCCCCGCCCACCCCACGCACUCCCCUUCCCCCUCCCGCUGCUGCUCCUCCCAGCUCCUCCUCCCCCUACCCCCCGUCCCAACCCCCCCAAACCAUUCUCUUCUGCACCGAGUGUCUCACCACCUUCCACCAACCCAUCCUCUGGUGCUCCCCCGCCUGCGCCGACGCCAACUUCCAGUCUCACCGCGAGGGUGUACAUCUUCCCGAACGGAAACGUCUCGGUGAUUCGGACGCCGCCGCUGAGGCGGUUGAUGAGGCCCAGUUGGAAUAUUAUCCCGUGCCUCCAGCUCAGAAUGGUGAAGAUGCUGCUGGGGCCGCUGCUGGCGGUAGUGGUGGUGAAACUGGAACCGGAAUCGAAAACGGAAGCGCAAACACAAGUGAGGGAAGAAAGUACCACGCCAAGGAUAUCACGGCGGUUACGACGAGCUUAGAAGAGGCUACGAGAGAGUGGGAAGAGAAAACCAAGGUCCGGUUACAGGGGUUGGACUGA